AUUUUGUAAAGUGUGACUUUUUUUGAACAGGAAGUUUUUGUCUGGAGUGCUGUCAGUCUGAUCUGUCGCAGAAGCGUUUUCAGGGGUCAUUUAAAGUUCGCGCUGAGUCUGAGUAGUCUUGAAGAAAAUGUCCGCGGUGAUUCCUCGUAUCGAGCAGUUGUCAUCCAGAGUGGUGCGAGUUUUGGGCUGUAACCCGGGACCCAUGACACUGCAGGGCACCAAUACAUACCUGGUCGGGACGGGCAAAAGACGAGUGUUAAUUGAUGCAGGCGAGCGCGCGAUUCCAGAGUAUAUUGUCAAUCUGCGCGAGGCUCUAAAGCAGCACGAGACGUCGAUACAACACAUUAUAGUGACACACUGGCAUCAUGACCACACUGGAGGAGUGCAGGACAUACUCAAACACUUUCACACAGAAGCAGAGCUGAGGGUCAGUAAACUCCCUCGGUGUCCUCCACAGGAAGAAGCGAUCGGAGACGAAAAGAAGAAAUAUAAUUAUCUCAGUGAUGGUGAUGUGAUAAAGACUGAAGGGGCAACAUUACGGGUUCUGUUUACUCCCGGACACACAGAUGAUCACAUGGCAUUAUUCCUGGAGGAGGAGCAGGCUGUGUUUUCAGGUGACUGUAUUUUGGGAGAGGGCACGGCCGUGUUUGAGGACCUCCAUGAUUACAUGAAGUCACUGCAGAAGCUCCUCAGCGUGAAGGCUGACCUCAUAUAUCCAGGUCAUGGGCCAGUGGUCCAGAACGCAGGUUCUAAGAUCUGUGAGUAUAUAACUCACCGGAACGCAAGAGAACAGCAGAUCCUAAACGUUUUGCAGGAGAAUCGUGGAACUGCAUUCACCUCCAGUGAACUGGUUAAAGUGGUGUACAAGGAGACCCCUGAACACCUGCACAGAGCAGCAGAGUUUAACUUGUUGCACCAUUUAAAGAAACUCCAGAAGGAAGGAAAGAUCUGCCUUGCUGAAGGCUCAAAUGAAAAGCAGUGGAAGAGCAAUUUGUGAUUUUAUUUUUUAUUUAUUAUUUUUUUUAAAGCACACUAAUCACCCACAGUGUCUAAUAAAAAGUUCCCAGUGGACUGAGAUGGAUUUAUUUGGAUUUUGUUGAUAUUUCUUAAUUCUGGAAACAAUGUAAAGGAGUCUGGGGCUAGUUGUCACUUUCCCCCCUAUUAAAUAUUUCUAUGGGAAGGUCUAUUUAACAAUUUCUACUUAUAAUUUUAAUUUUGGGUCAACAAAGUGUUGACCUUUUGUGACAACAUGCCCCAAAAACAGGAUACUUACAUUUAUUUAGCAGACACAUUUUUCAAAGUGCCUUAUAAAUAAGCACUUUUAAACAUUUGAAUAAAUUAUGUAACAUAAUGGUUCUUAAAAUGGAAAACAUGUCAAAAUUAACUACCCUUGUUUCAAUGUAAUCUGAUUAUAAAUGGAAUUCUAUGCGCUGUUCAUGUCAACAAUGAGAGACAGUGUCCAAUAAUAUGUAAGAAAAUGUUAAAUAAAGCUGCUUUUAAUUUGGCUUAAAACAUAA